AUAAAAUAAAAGGUUGUUCUUUUUCCACUCAGCUGCACACGUUCAUCGAGGCGGCGGCGGAUUGUAAAGCUCAGGAAAAGAAAGCUUGGGGUUGGGGAAAACUUGUUGGCCCUACACUAAACUCAUGAUGCGCGUCUGUCAUUUUCUGAGCGCGGUCUUUGCAGUAAUUGUCUUUUCUGUCAUUGCUGUGACAGCAGAACCAACAGAGAGUGGUGAAUAUAAGCUUCACGUAUACCACAAACAAGGUGCCGACUAUAAAAAGCGUGGCGAGAUUGUUGGAUUACCCAGUACACCUUCGUACAUUGCCACGACGACGACCAAGGGCGAUGGCGAAAUUAUUGAAUUAACAAGUCCACUUUACCAAAUCAAGAUUCGCGAUGAAACCACCGAUCGUGUUAUUCUUUCUUCCAUCAAAGCAUGCCAGUUAGUGAAUGGUGACUGGAAGGAAGAGUUUCGUGUGCAUUUGGAUGACGAGAAAAGAGUAUAUCACGUGGAUUAUUAUGCACACAGUGAUGCAUGCGCGUCGUCGGAUAUAGAGCUUCCUUACAAAGUGCAACCGACUUUCACGAGCAAUGUGAUUGUCGAACGACCUGUUCCUGGAGCAAAACCGUUCCUAGGCCAAUUUGGAGGCAAGUCGUCACAACAACAGCAACAGCAACAGCAACAGCAACAACAAGGCCAGCAAGGCCAAGAAGGCGAUGAACUACCUAUCGAAGAAGAAAAGACGUUCUUCCAAAAGUAUUGGUAAGCAGUAAAAAGUACCUCGUGCUUGGCGGUGUCCUAUUGCUGAUCAAUUCGAUGAAUGCUCCAUCUGAAAACACUGCUCCGAGACGUUGAAAAUUUAUAAAGACCCAGAAACCUUUUUUACCCCCAACCAUUCUUUUUUCUCUUGACCCUUUAUUUUUACUAAGC